UAGUCUCUUUCUUUCCUAGUGGUUGGUUGCCCGGAUGCGAAGUCGCUUCAAGACAGGUAAGACCAUCAGGAACAACUAGCUGAUGGCGGAAAAACUGUUGAAGAACACUUCGUUCUUUUAGUGUUUUUUUCGUCUGCGUUUUAGUCGUGUUCAUGCCUGUAACCGGCGGGCACUGCCCUGAACAAACACGAGGCUCCGGCUCGAAUGGAUGAGACCCUUCCUACAGUUCAUUCGCCUUGCUUCAGUUGGAGCCGGCGUGAUCUACGGGCGCUUGAGCCCGUGGCGUGCGGCACGCUGGCCCACUUGAUGAGUAGGGGCACGUGGCCCCUGACAGCCGCUGUCUCCGACCACCUUAGCAUUCGCCAUGCCCCAGUUUUCCGUGCAUCUUCUCCGUGUACUGACUCCACUCACCGCCGUUAUGUCAUUAGUUGCCCAGGGAAUAGUGCUCUGCUCUAACGCUUGGAUCCACAGCGAAGAACUCAUGCCAAAUCCAUUUUAUAACGGCACCGGGGACAAAGAGUUCCUGUCCAAAUUCACAGUGUCCGGGCUCUGGAGCCUGUGUUACAACGAUCCCGGAGUAAACAACGUACGCUGUAUCUACAUCGACUAUUUUCCUAAAGAAGAAUACAGACCUGAUCCUAACGACUCGACAAUGGCUAUUCCGUAUGCCAUGACAAGAGCAGCUACUUACAUUUUUAUAAGUUGCAUAACUCUUCUGAUUGGUGAAAUGUUGUGUUUUUGUGGCCACGUGAUAAGAAGACGUCGAAUACUAACUUUUGCCGCAGGAGUUGCAUUUAUUUUAUCAGGUUUGCUAGUUCUAAUGGGUGUGGUUAUCUUUAUUUCAAGUUUUAAGGCCGAAGUCGGUAGUAAACUCCAGCCGAAAUCUUCUUUCAAGGGCCCGAUGUUUAAAUAUCGGUACGGUUACACCUUUGCCCUAGCCAUUGCUAGCAUUCUGAUGUGUGAGUUAUCUGGAACCUUUGCUGUUUUCUUGUAUAUUCAGUGGUAUAAGAUUGAUUCCAAGAAAUGUACGGAAAGAUUGAAGUAUGAGGAUUUUUUACACUCUGCAGAAGACCAUAUUCCGUGUAGGCGCCAUCCACGUGGGAGAAGUAGCAGUCGGACGAGAGAUAUGUCCCGAGAAGCUUCACCAUGUCCAUCUACGAGUAGAGAGCGUAGCAAUACAAACCCUGGAAUACCAUUAUCUGAAUCCAUGAGAGACUUGGCUUAUUACAAUUUCCCCCCGUUUUCUAGGGACUCUACAUGUUACACUGUCUCAACAACAGUCGACAUCAACAGAGAAGGGUCUCGUGAUAUCGUUUUAGAAACAUUACGGCGUACAACUCCAGUGUGAGAACCUACUCUAAAUUCAUUAAAAAAUAACCACGUUUCUGAUGCAGGAAUUGACAAUUAUUUGACCUGCAUAUCACCAGAUAAGGAAGCUUUAAAUUAACUAUGACUGAUAAAGACAUAAUACUUUAUACAUAAAUUAAUCUUAAGGUUUGGUUCUCAAAGAAUUUCUCUAAAACUUCAGUCUUCCUAACGUAGAUUUAUGCUUACUUACCCCCAAUUUCAAGAAACACAACUGGUGAAAGAAACGGCAAUAAGAAGUCGCUGCAAAAUGAUUUUUAUCUACACAAAACAAACGUUACCAAAGGUAAGGCCACCUGGUGAAGAAACGUUAUUGAAACUAAUAUCCCUAAUCCCACCAGCCAAAAAAACAUACAGAAAAAUGUUUAAUGUUAGACCAUGUCCGUAGCCGAUAUGCUCACACCUUUAACCCGUGUGCCUUCGGUCGUCUCAUCUGUAUAUCCUCUGCUACAUUAUGAUUUAAUAGAAACGUGUUUCCUUUUGUUUUUGUAUCAUCGCAAGAGUGAAAACUUACUUUGUUGAUUUAUAUAAACUUUUUCAUAAAUGCUUCUAUCAUCAAUUACAAGACACGUGUUAUAAAAUACAUUACAGCAAGCAACUCCUGAACAAUCUGACAUUUCUAAAAAAGUACACACAAUAUGCAUAUCAUUAAAAUAAACGAACAAGGACUUCGAGCAUUUGAGCUGAAAAUCAUUAAUAGCAAUUAGUGGUAUUUGAGACUGUGAAGCCUUAAAAUUAUAUUAUGUUUACAAAAGAUUGAAAUGCGUAUACCUGACUGUGUGUUUCGUUAAGCCGAUUAUAAACAAUGAAACAGCUAGAAUAUCCACGUUAACAAAUUCUUAAUAAGUAGACAACAGAAAAAUGAUAAACUUACACUAAAAUGUUAAGAUUAUCAAGUUGAUAAACUUAAACAUUACAUAUUAUUAAUAUUCACGCAGACUCUGAUUUAAAAUACCUUAAAAGUAUGUUUAGGGAAAAUCGGAAUACAGAACUUGUAAAUGUAGUAUUUCUUUAUACUAACAAAUACGAUUACAACUUAUGAAAGUAAAUACCAAGUAAUAGUAUCAGUAAAACAUUUAACCUCAAAUAUUCAUAUAUGAUAUAAUAUUCAUAUUAUAUUACUCAUUGAUCACGACUGCAAUAUAAGUUAAAUUUCUAGUUAUUGUGCAAAGCGUUUAUAACUCUUUUUUUUUCAAGAUUUUUGUUCAGAA